AUGCCUUUUUCCGAGGAGUGGAACAUGAAGCGUACAGGCAAAGAUGCGAUUUUGAGGCCCUCGUCUGUCGAGGAAGAGGCUUUGGCCUCUGUCCCGAAGCCGGUGAAAGAUAAUAAGAGGAAAAGGGCCUUCGUUCCCGAAAAGAAAGAAGCUGCUCAAGCCCAAUUAUCAUCAGCCAAAGACCAACUUCAAAGUAUAAAGGAGAAAGGCUCAGUUCAAGCAAGAAGAAUAGAGGAGCUCGAGGCUCGAUUUGCCUCUGAACUUGCAAAAGCUGAGUCUGACGCCGAAAAGGCAAAGACCUAUGCAGAUGCACUCAUGGCCCAGAUAAAAAGGGAUAAAGAACUCGAAACCGAUGCUGAAUCCUUGGCUUUCGAUGAUGAUGAUGAUGAUAAUGAAGAAGAUGAUGAGAGUAAGAGCGGGUUCGAGAACGGGGGGGAGCCCGGUGGAGAAGAGACUGCUUCCGGAGAUAGCCAAGAAACUUAG